AUGAAUUCUAAUUCCAAGUUUCAUCUGGAGGAUCAAUUAUCCACCGCAUCGACGUCUCCUAUGAAUGAAACGGAAUUAGAUUUCGAACCUGUUGUCGGCGAUCUAUCAGAUAUUACAACUACAUCUGCAGUGGUACCAAUUACGACCAAACAGUUGAUGACGCAAACAGGUGAAGACGUGUAUGAUGUAAUUACUGCUAGUCCUUCAGGUUCCUCUGAUGGAAGCAGCAAUGAGUUUGUGAAGGUGGAACAUAGCGAUGUGCAACAGAAUGUUGAAUUAACCGGUAAUCCAUUGUCAUUCAAAAUGUUGCAAAUGCAUGAUGAUGCCGAUAAUGAGAAGAGAGGAACAGAUCGAAAAUAUCCUGUUGGAAACAUAAUGGAUCGCGAAUUUGUAUCAGAGGAACCUUACAGCGGGAUUUUGCCUAGAGCUGAAGAGUUUGCAGAAUUUGCCGCUGAAAAAGUGAGCGAUAUAACCAAAGCAGGUGCAGGAAAAGUAAUGGAUGCAACAAAUAAAGCUGUGAAUGAUGCCAAGGUAGCAGGAGAAUCACUUGACGAUACAAUCCAUCUCUUUGGUGACAAGCUGAAAGAAACAACGAGACAGGCAGGAGAUAUGGGACAUCAAGCAGUAGAGGCUGCCAAAGAUACUACUUCAAAUAUGCUAUCCGGGAUAGAUAUGUCAGAGAAAACUCGCAGUAUUGGUGCAGAUGUGGCACAUUCGUUAGAUGAAGGCGCAAACAAAGCGAUGGAUACUUUCAAGGAGGAAUUUGAUGAUGUCAGUCAUGGCAUUUUGGAUACCGCUCAUCUUGCUACCAGCACUUUAAAAAACACAUUACAAGAAGCGGGUGACGUCCUUAAAGAUGCAGCACCUCAAUUAGUUCAUUCUGCCGAAGAUAGUUUGUCAGAUUUGAAUAACAAAAUAAAAAACAGUGAUUUGUAUGCUAGAAUCGAAACAAGCGGUGCAAUAAAACCCAGACAGGAAGACUUGAUUGGACUUACCGAUGAGAUUAACAGUGCGUCGGAGCGUGAUGCGGGGUAUCGUUCAAUAUUCCAGCAAUCGACAGGUGGUACCCAUCAAGAUGUAGAUUACCCAUCAGGAAAGUGGAAUUUGGAUUGGAGACAGUAUGCUAACGAAGAGACAGGGAUCGGUGCACAUCAUUCCGAUUUUGAUGUUAAAGCAGUUCACUCUGCAGAAAAUGCAAUCCAUGAUGAAAUUGUUGAUGUGCAUGACCAAGUAGACUCGAUGAUUGCUAAAAUGUCCGUUGCAGGUGCCCCACAGCAUGAUGAUAGCAGUGCAGAGGAAAGUAUGUUUGACAGAAAAGGACCAUUGACUAUACCACAGCAGACUCCCGAUGAUAUGAUACAGUUCGAACAUGGCUUUGACUCUUCAAAACAAAGCGGUUUUGAAGUGUCGCCCCGUCCACCCACACCACCAAAAGAGCUCGAUGAUGAGGACGUAAAACCGACCACGAUUGAUUUGGGACAAACAGCCGGUAGAUUACUUGUCACUGGUGAACAUCGAAGUUCGAUAUUGAAAAACAGUACACAAGGUGCCAGAUUUAAUUUCAAGGAUAUGGAUGCAAGAUCAGUCUACUGUAUCUGGCAUACACCUAAUAAUGAUGCUAUGUUGGAUUGCUUGCAUGAUAUGUUGUUCCUGGAGUCUGUGCUGCAUAUUGUUGGUGAAAUGCGACUAAAGCUAGGGAGCAUCCAGAAAGAAUGA